UCCUGGCCUAGCUUUUACAACAACAAGAAGAUUUUCUGAAAUCAAGAUGCAAAAUCACAUCCCUUUUGAAUCAGCUUCUGAAAUUGAGGAAUAUGAAAAUAUCAGAAGAGAUUGUCUUAGAAGAAGGAUAUUAUUUGAAGAUGCAAAGUUUCCAGCAAAUGAUCAGUCACUCUACUAUAGCCGUCAGCCUAAGUACAGAAUUGAAUGGAUGCGACCCAUGGAAAUUUCCGCAAGGUAUAAUUCGAGGCCCCAACUGUUUGUAGAUGGAGCAGGAAGAUUUGACCUUAGACAGGGGACACUGGGUGAUUGCUGGGUAGUGGCCUCCACUGCUUGCAUGUCAGAAAAUAUGGAACUACUUUAUCGUGUAAUACCCAGGGGUCAAGGGUUCCAUGAUGGACAUUACGCGGGAAUUUUCGUCUUUCUUUUCUAUCGCUUCGGACAAUGGAAAGAAGUGGUCAUUGAUGAUCGAUUGCCUACUGUGAAUGGACAGUUAUUUUUCGUGCACUCCAGAGCCCCGAAUGAAUUUUGGGGUGCCUUACUGGAAAAGGCCUACGCAAAAUUGAAUGGUUCCUAUGAGGCACUGAAAAGUGGCCUCGUGGCUGACUGCCUCACAGACCUGACAGGAGGAAUUGUCGAGGGCUAUGUACUCCGUGGAGAGCACGCAAGAUAUCCUAAAAAUAUCAUCAAUGUUAUGUUCAAAGCUCUUGAACGCCAGUCUCUCAUUGGAUGUGGAAUAAAUGCAGUCGAUGGUGUGGAAGGAGAAAGCAAAUUGCCAAAUGGACUCGUAGGAGGCCAUGCCUACAGCAUCACAGAUCUCAGAGAGAUUCGGCUAAUCUCUGACCAAGGAGAAAUUCCUAUAACGCUAGUGCGUGUACGUAAUCCAUGGGGUACCAGAAUUGAAUGGAACGGCCCAUGGAGUGACAGGUCCCCUGAAUGGAACAGCAUACCCCCUCAGGACAGACAAGCCAUGGGACUGGUUUUUAGGGAUGAUGGUGAAUUCUGGAUGGACUUCAGAGACUUUCAAGCCAACAUGGAUACAUUAGACAUUUGUAACUUGACUCCCGAUUCCCCGCUGGAGACCCCUCGGAAAUGGGUGAUCAACCAACAUUACGAUCAAUGGAAGAAACGGCUCACAGCUGGAGGAAGACCUUCACAAAUUGAAACACAUUGGAUGAAUCCACAAUUUAAGAUGUCUCUCCGUGAUGCAGAUGACGAUGAUGAUGAUAUCUGCACACUGGUAAUUGAACUCAGUCAGAAGGACAAGAGAAGACUUAAACAUAAAGGCAGCAAAAACCACUUCAUAGGAUUUGUUAUAUACAAGUGUGUUAGAGAGUUUCCAAAUGUGCCAAUGCCAAAGAAGUAUUUCCAAUAUCACACUUAUAUAGAUAAAGUAGAUUACUACUCUGAUAAAAGACAGCUCUCAAAAAGGUUUAGUUUGCCUCCAGGAGAAUAUGUGGUAGUGCCAUCUACAUAUCACCCUGAUGAGGAGUCGGAGUUCAUGUUGAGAAUAUGCUUUGAGAAAGACAACCAUUCUGAGCUCCCUGCAGAGACAGCUGAAGUGCCAACCACAAAUCCUAUUCCAAACAGAGACCCUGCCAUACACACCAUGGAGAACAGCUUUAAACAAUUCUUCUACGACAUUUCAGGAGAAGAUAUGGAGUGUGAUGUUUAUGAAUUCAGGAAAGUGCUCAAUAAUGGCUUAAGAAAUGAUGAAAACCACAAAGACAUUGGGUUAGAUGCUUGUAAAUCUAUGGUGUCCCUUGUGGAUGUUGACCACUCAGGAAAGCUUGGAUACAAUGAAUUUGUUUUUCUUUGGGACAGUCUCAAAAUGUGGAAGAAAACAUUUUACUCGUAUGAUGCAGAUGGAACUGGAAGUAUAAACUCAUUUGAACUCAGGAAUGCUUUGGCAGCACAUGGCUACAAGCUCACAACGCACCUGCUGCAUGCAUUAAUGGUCAGGUUUGAAGAUGAAAGUCAUCAGAUCUCACUCGACAACUUCCUCAUCUGCAUGGCCAGACUCAUCUUGCUCAGUAAUUCAUUCAAGAAAUAUGAAAAUAAUACAGGAAAUGCAGUGUUCACUUUACAAGAGUAUUUUCAAGAAGCAGUGGUGCUUUGAUAUUAAUACAAGCAUGUAAUGUUGUUCAAUGAUACCUAUGCAGUGAUAUUCUAUACUCAUGGAGUGAUAUCCCAUAUGAGUAAUAUGA